ACUACAAUAUUUGGGGGUAUGAUAUGAUCAGUGUUGUUGAUGUUUAUAGCUGUUAGUUUAUUGUUAUAAUUUUUAUUUUUUGAAAUUCGAAUGGCGUGUAUAAGCGAUGGUUUUUUAGGGUUUGCGGAUCAGGGAUGUGGUGGUUGUUCUCUAGACUUGUGGGAAUUCGCUAGUUUAGUUCAGUCUUGGCCUUUACUGUUUGAGUUUUUAGUUGAUCACGGCGUCCUUUUGUCAGAGAUGAGGUGCGGAAAUUGUGGUGCAGUUAUUGAGUUGGCCGAAGACAGCGAGUAUUUUAGUUGUCAACGGAGGACUGGUACCGAUUUAAAUAAAAGUGUUGAACGGGAGAGAUGCCGUUUCAAGAAAUCAUUUCGUCAUGGCACAUGGUUUUCUAGAAGCUGCCUUUCUGUCUCUGAUAUUUGCAAGAUCACAUAUAUGUUUCUUGUAUUGCGUCGUCCAAGCAAUCAAUUUAUUCAAAGGCAUUGUCAUGUCAGUCAGAAAACAGUUCAAGAAUGGUCACAUUUCUGUCGAGAGGUGAUGCUCUCAUUGUAUUUAACAGAGUGUUUAGGCAAAAUAGGAGGGGCGGGUUCUAUUGUAGAGAUAUAUGGGGCUAAUGUAGGAAAACCAAAAUAUAAAAGUAGACGAGGGCGCAGCGACGAGGAGCUGUGGGUUUUUGGUGGCAUUGAGAGGAAUACUAACCGUAUCUUUGUAAUUCCUGUUGAGGUUCUUACUAGCAAGUCUCUUAUGUGUAUGAUCGAGGAAUUCAUAAUGCCUGGGACAACACUUAUGAGUGACUAUUGGCAGACUUUUGAUUGUCUUUCAGACCAUGAUUUUGAACGCUUUCAUGUGAAUCGUAAUAUGAAUUUCAUUGGUCUUGACUCAGGGGCGAACACCUCAAGGAUAGAACGAUUGUGGUGUGAUAUAAGGAACAAUAUUCCUCGAUGCGGGCUACGAACUCCACAUUUUGUUGGGUACCUUGCAGAAUUUAUGUUUCGUAGAAGGUUCCCUGAUGAACGUGAGCGUAUGCAUCAUUUUCUGCUUGCUGUUAAGAAAGCAUAUCCUCUUUCCAAAUAGGUGUUGGUGCAGCACUGGCGUAAGGAUCGCCGCUCUCGGUCAACGUUCCGGCUACUGGGGCUGGUCACCCUGGCGUACGGCUGCGGCUUGGUGAUGCAGGGGUUUGCCAGGUGGCGGAGCAGCAAUGAGGGUCCCCCGACCACAGACCUCCUUACAGCGGGCAAGGGGCAGGCGGCUUCUAGCUGCCCCCUCUGCCUGGAGGAGGUUCGCGAGACCAGCUGCACCCCCUGUGGCCACAUGUUCUGCUGGAGCUGCAUCAUGGAGUGGCUACAGGACAAGCGGGAGUGCCCCCUGUGCCGGGAGGCCCUGGGCCCAUCGCGAGUCGUCCUGCUCAGGAACUACCUGUCGUAGAACUGUUGCAUCCUGGAACCUUGUUUACUUAGACGAUCUCAUUUUCAGCCUUCCGUACUUGCUAUUUCCUCCAGUAUAGUCUUUUUUAACUGAAGGAUUCAAAAUCAGUUGUUGGAUUAACGUUAAUUUGUAUAAUGUUCUGUGAUUUUUUAGGUUUUUGUUUAUGUUGCUUGUUCAUCUUAUGGGUAUACAAUUUGAUUCUUUGUUUAAGAGACAUUAUGCAUGGUCGAAAACAAAAGGUAUUAAAAUUUUGUCAUGUAAGAGAGACUAUUAAAAAACUUUUUAAACAGGCAUUGUUCGAGGUUUCAAAUGUUAUGUUUAGUGACAAUACUUGAUGUGCACACUGUUGACUGCUGCGUUACAGUGGUGUUACUAGAAGUGUGGAGUUGAAGCACUGAAGGUGCAUGCGUUUGUACCAUUUCUCUUGUCUACAUAAUAAUUUUUCUAAAAUAUUUUUAAAGCUGUGAAGUUUUAGAACUGUGUGCAAAAAAUUGCCUUAUUUGUCAAUAAAAAUCUAAAUUAGAAAAGAAAAA